ACGGUCUUCUUGACUUGGCACCCCACCCCCUGCGCACCAAUCGCCGUUUCCUUGUCCCUCCCCGAAUCUUGCCUUACUCGGCUUCCCGCUUCUGCGCACCUCGAACCGGCCUAAACCACCUGCCUCGACCCCCUUUUCUCCUGGUAACACAAACAGCAUGUCGGACUACAACUCAGUGCCGCCACCCGGGGCUGGAGCACCACUUGGAGCCGGUGGCGGAAUCAAGAAGGAUGCCUUUGCCGAUGCGGUACAGCGAGCUCGGCAGAUCGCAGCAAAGAUCGGCGGAGAUGUGGGAGGACCCCCGAUGAACAACGCCGGUGUCCCCGAGAGCUUCCCCUUCACCGCACAGAAACGCCAACUGGAGGAUGGAGAUCAACCAGAGAGCAAGAAAAUGGCCCCCCAGCCAGACAGAGAUGCAGGCCCAGCCAUGUCCUCCAUUGGAGCUACGCUCGCGGCCAUGGCCCAAAGGCCAUCCAGCAUGACAGAGGACUACAGAGUGCCGGACGGCAUGGUUGGGCUGAUCAUUGGCCGAGGGGGAGAACAGAUCAACAAGAUCCAGCAGGAUUCCGGCUGUAAGGUCCAGAUCGCCCCAGGUGAGCCAGACAGCGGUGGAAUGCCGGAGAGGAGCGUGUCUCUCACCGGAUCUCCUGACGCCAUACAGAAGGCGAAGAUGCUCCUGGACGACAUCGUGUCGCGGGGCCGCGGCACGCCCCCCUCCUCCUUCCACGAGUCGACCAACGGCCAGAGCGGCUCCAUGCAGGAGAUGAUGAUCCCCGCGGGCAAGGCCGGCCUCAUCAUCGGGAAGGGAGGGGAGACCAUCAAACAGCUGCAGGAGCGAGCGGGUGUGAAGAUGAUCCUCAUCCAGGACGGCUCUCAGGCGCCCAACGUGGAUAAACCCCUGCGUAUCAUCGGAGAGCCUUACAAAGUGCAGCAAGCCCGUGAGCUGGUGCAGGAGAUUCUGCGGGAGAGGGAUAACCCCGGAUUCGGAGACCGGAACGAGUACGGGUCCCGCAUGGGCGGAGGAGGAGGUGGAGGAGGCGGAGGAGGAGGAGGCAUGGACGUGAGUGUCCCGAUGCCAGUCCCGCGCCACUCUGUCGGAGUCGUGAUUGGCCGAAACGGCGAGAUGAUCAAGAAGAUCCAGAACGAUGCCGGGGUCAGGAUACAGUUCAAACCAGACGACGGCGUGGGCCCUGAUAAAGUGGCUCACAUCAUGGGCCCCCCCGACCGCUGCGAGCACGCGGCCAGCAUCAUCAACGACCUGCUGCAGAGCAUCCGCGCCCGCGAGGAGGGCCAAGGGGGCCCCCCAGGGCCGCCGGGCGCAGGCAUGCCUCCGGGCGGGCGGGGCCGGGGCCGGGGCCAGGGCAACUGGGGCCCCCCGGGCGGGGAGGUCACCUUCUCCAUCCCCAGUCACAAGUGCGGCCUGGUGAUCGGGCGGGGCGGCGAGAACGUCAAGGCCAUCAACCAGCAGACGGGCGCCUUCGUGGAGAUCUCCCGCCAGCCUCCGCCCAACGGGGACCCCAACUUCAAGCUCUUCAUCAUCCGGGGCUCCCCGCAGCAGAUCGACCACGCCAAGCAGCUCAUCGAGGACAAGAUCGAGGGUCCGCUGUGUCCUGUUGGCCCCGGUCCCGGUGGGCCUGGCCCCUCUGGUCCCAUGGGCCCCUACAACCCCAACCCCUACAACCACGGGCCCCCUGGACCCCCACAUGGAGGCCCCCCAGGUGGUCACCAGUGCCCCCCUCAGGGCUGGGGUGGAACUUACCAACAGUGGCAGCCUCCUGGUCCUCAUGACCCCAACAAGGCGGCUGCGGCCGAUCCCAACGCGGCCUGGGCUGCCUACUACGCCCAGUAUUACCAGCAGCCCGGCGGCGCCAUGCCCCAGCAGGCCCCCUCCGCCCCUGCAGGGGCCCCGGCCCCCGCCGAGCAGCCCCAGGCAGGCCAGGCCCCCGGGGGCCAGCCCGACUACACCAAGGCCUGGGAGGAGUACUAUAAGAAGAUGGCUCAAGCGGGCGGGACAGCGGCGCCCGCGGCGGCGGCGGCCCCAGCGUCCGGAGGCUCCCAGCAGCCGGACUACAGCGCGGCCUGGGCAGAGUACUACAGACAGCAGGCCGCCUACUACGGCCAGCCUGGACAGACUGCAGGACAGCCCGCAGCCCCACAGCAAGGCCAGCAGACGCAGUGAAACUUGGACUGGACUUCGAAUAAGACCUACCCAUUCUGCAAACCCAGCCAGCUAUCUGGACUUUUUAACCACAAAAAGAUAUUUUAGUUUUAUUUUAUUUCUUUUUUCUUUUUUUUUUUAUGUUUAUGGUUUUGAGUCGUUAGAUUUUGUGGUGGGAAAAGUUUACCCCUCUGUCCCCACCGCCCCUGUGUUCUGCUCAUUUUUAAGGAAAGUUUGGAAAAAUUAACAAAAAAAAAAACUUCAGAUUUGCUAAGUGACCGGUGGGGCCCAUGUAGGCCGAUCCCUUUUCUUUCCUCGUUCGCAUAUCGGUGUCGUCCCAAUCCCUCAAAUGUGUGAAUUGGGAAACGUGUGAAGUCUGAAGUACAAAUAAAUUUGUCUAAUAUCCUGAUUUGACCAGCUGAUAUCCAUCUGCCCAACUGACAAUGGACUCACCCCCCCCCCCCACUCCCCUACCUGCCCAUGUAAUUUAAGUGAGAAACUGUCUACUAAAAAGUACUUCACUUCCUUCUCCAGCAUCUCCAUUCAACACCUGUUUUUGUUCUAUUUUUAUUUUUAUUUUAAAGAGGUGGAAAGAAUUGUUUGCUUAGAAUCUUAGACUUGUUUUUAUUUUGAAGACUUUUUUUGUAUUUUUACCCGCCCCCCAUGUUAGUUAUGAGUUGGAACAUUCCCAGUACUGAAGUAGCAGGUUUUCCAUCCAUUUUGAUAAUUUAGUUUUGACUUCCGCCCUGUGAUGAACCCCCCCCCCCCGUUCCGCCCUCCCGUUUCCCCUGUGGUUGGUAUGGGUUUUCCUGUAUGGGUCCCCCCCUGUGCGUGAAUGCGAGCGCACUCUCGCACACGUCUGUACAGUGUAAGAAUGAGUGUCUGUCAACAUCCGUGUGUGUGGCGAUGCAUGUCCGUCGGCCUGCGCAGGUGUGUGGGUACAGUGGUAUGUUCGUGGGUUGACCGUGAAGCCAGUGCAGCUCACCGGACGCCUCGCCCCUUGUGUUCCGAGUCCUGCUUCGAUUGCAGUCAUGUCAAAGGGAGAAGACUUCUGUUUUCCUUUAUUUUGUUUUUUUUCUCCCCCCCUCCCCCUCCCUGUUCCAAGAAGUCAUGAUGUUAUAUAUUGUAUGCUCGGUUUUUACUUUUUACAGCUUGUUUUUAAAAACUUCACAAUAAAAGAUAUCAGGACCCUG